ACUCUGCUUCUGUUAAAAUAGCUUGCUUGCAUUUCCAGGAUGUAGUUUCUGUCUAUAUAAGGCACCAGCACACACAGGUGGGGGCUGCUUACUGAACUCCCUGUGUGGAGUGACAGUGAGCAGUCGCUGGCCAGCUAAUGAAGACUCUUUAAAUUCUGUUUGGCUGUCUCUUACUUUAACUCGCAGACACCGUAACAUUUGGAGGCCCCAGCGAGAUAUCCUCGGCGUUUUCCAUGGCUCAUCAGUCGAGAUAAGGUCUGACUACCGGCCCUCCCCCAGGGGGCACGCGCUGAGAGAUGUUCCUCAGCCCCGGCGAAGAACCGAGUGGUCAAGCCUCAAAAUUCAAAAAUCCGCGUCUGGAGCCAUCUGGACAUGGGCCCACAAUGGUAAGAGAUCUCUAAUCUGGUCUGGUGGGGUACCCUUUAGGGUCUUUAGGAGGGCUGGAUGCAGCCAUAACUCUAGAACUGGCCUCGGACCACGACGGUGGCCGGUGGCCUCAGGUUCAGGUUCUGGUUCAGGUUCGGAAUUGGUCUCUUAGCACAGACCUAGUCUCUGUUUUGUGUUUUGUUGUUAGUGUCUUUGUUCCAUUUCUGUUUUGUCAACCGUCAGUCCCACAAUGGGUCAGUCUCCUUCUUCUUCCACUUGCUCUCCACUGCAAUGUUUCUUAAAAAAUUUCCAGGACUUUCGGCGACGAGCUGCAGGAUCAGGAGCCAUAGUCAACCCAGGAACUCUCUGGAUCCUCUGCAAGCUUGAAUGGCCAACUUUUCCAGACUCUAAUUGGCCACCCGAAGGCACUCUAAACUUGCCGAUUGCCUUCCAGGUUCAGAGAGCUAUUUAUGGGAAACCGGAACAUCCAGAUCAGAUUCCCUAUAUUGAAACCUGGAUCGACGUCCUCACUGACCACCCUAAAUGGCUUAAAGAUUGUUCACCACCCAAACCAUCCCGAGCACGAAAUGUGCUUGUCCUAAAGGGGCAACCCAGAAGGCCCCUGGUCCUUAACUCCCCACAGGCCACCUUAUUCUGCAGGGCCCUCUGCCCCCAGCCCAGAGCCCUCUGCCCCCAGCCCGGAGCCCUCUGCCCCCAGCCCAGGGUCCUCUGCUCCCAGUUCAAGGCCCCCUACUCUAAGUUCAGGGGAACCCCUUGUUCCCACUCCAGAUUCUCCUAUGCCCUGGAAACUCUCUCCAGCCCUCCGCACACCCAUUCAGGAGUUUCGUAUGGGCCUCAUGGUCAGGUCCUUCCCCACACUCAAUUACCUCUGAGACAAGUCAUUCAGGGCCCACGUGAAGACCCAAAAGCCUUUAUAGUCUAUGUUCCUUUUUCCACCAGUGACCUGUACAAUUGGAAAAAUCAAAACCCCUCUUUCUCUCAAAACCCCCAAGGACUAAUCUGUUUGUUGGAGUCUGUUUUCUUUACCCAUCAGCCCACAUGGGAAGACUGCCAGCAACUUCUGCAGACCCUUUACAUGUCAGAGGAGAGAGAGAGAAUCCGUGCCCAGGGACAAAAAUUAGUCGUGGAGCCAGAUGGUCUGCCAACCAUGGAAGUAGACCACCUCGAGGCUGUUUUACCUAUCACCCAACUCCGGUGGGACCCUAACACAGAUCAAGUCCCUACAGGCCUUACACUCUAACUCCAAAAACAUCCAUCACGCCGUCCAUGCCCACCGCCCGAAACCCGACACCACAAAAGAAGAAACCUCUACUGCUGAACCUGGUGAUUUAGUGUGGAUCAGGAAAAGGAAUCCCUCCUCCCUCAAGGCAUGCUGAGCUGGACCUUAUCAGGUGAUCCUAAGCACACCAACUGCCAUAAAAGUUGCAGGAAGACCCCUCAGUAUGCAGAGGAGAGGAAGAUUACUUCUGUUACAAAUGGAAUUGUGUAACUAUAGACCCAAGGAAAAAUGUAAACCAUUUGUUAAAGGUCACAAGGGAUAUAAGGUCAGGAGCUCCUACUCAAAAUUGUGCAGUUGGAAACUAACCCUGUUACUUAUAAACCGCAGCAGUUUUAAAAAAAAAAUUCCCAGUGGUUAGGGGGAAAAAUGUGGGGAUUACGCAUAUAUGUAUCAGGGUAUGACCCUGGAGUGUUAUUCACUAUUCAGAAAAGGGCAAUUCCAAAACCCUUAAAUUCAAUAGGCCCCCAAGUUCUCAUCGACAUCAAAAUACCCAUAGCAACUCCUCCCCCACCUACCCAUUCUCACUAUACUGCUGGGAGCCGCCCUUCACUUCCAGAAACAACCCCCCUUCCAUCACCUCCAGGCUCUCGCCAGGAGGCUGUAUUCAAUAUAAACAGUUUAGUUAAAUUUGUCCAAUGAUGUAUUCAAAGUGUAAAACUCAUGGUUUUGCAGUCUCAAUAUCAACACCUACCUCAGAAGAAACAAUGAUUUGAUUCUCCCUAAAAACCAGUGGGGAAUGAAGUGAGUCCCUUCCCCCUUGGCAUGUAACAUUUGCAGAGUAAGAAUGUUGUGUAAGUGGCAUUAAGCCAUGAGAAGAAGGAAGUGAAACUGCGGUUAUACGCAUCAGCCAAGCAUAACCAUUAUAACAAUCAACAAUUGCACUGUUUCCAAGUGAAACUUUUUGUAACCAAGUGAAACUUUUUGUAAGAUUUCUA